AUGGAAGAAUUAUUUGGACCUACACUUAUGAGCAAGCAUGGGCCAGUCCCAACAGCCUCUCUCAGCAACGCCAGAUACGUAUUGAUUUAUUUCUCAGCCCACUGGUGUCCUCCUUGCAGAGCGUUUACCCCUAAACUUGCACUAUUUUAUGAAUCUGUGAACUCAGCCCAUAAACAAGUUGAAGUUAUUUUUUCAAGCGCUGAUAGGUCUCCUGACCAAUUCCAAGAAUACUUUGAAACUAUGCCUUGGCUUGCAAUUCCAUUUCCAGAUCAAGCUCAUAGGAAUGGGGUAGCUCAAAGGUACGGGGUUUCAGGAAUUCCUAUGUUGGUUUUGAUUGAUAGACAAUUAAAUUAAAUAGGCUUAACGUCUUCCAGAUUUGAUACCUCCACACGCUUUCGAUAAGCCAACCUGCUUGCCGGGCGGAAUUUAGCCACUAUUUGGAACAGUGAUCUUCUCUAGGAGCAGGGCUUGCACUUUGAUCCUCAAGAGUUAACGGGUUAGAAAGAUGCCCUGUCAGUACGCCAUAGGGCGCAAUAGAGGUAAAGGUCAGCCCGAUACCUCUUGUCAGCCACCUUCGGGGGCAACAAGGAAAAAAGAACCACAGCCUCCCGAAAAUUGGGAGGAAAAGACCUGUGAUCCAAGUAGCAUCCGGAUAAUUAAUACCUGGGCUGGAAUGGUCCCUAGCUGACACCCAAGGUUAUCCAACCCAUACGGCAGCGAUUACGCACACUAAGGGCUUGAUUUAAAGGGCUUGGACCUUGGUUUAGGCUAUAAAACAAUUUUGGCCCCAAAAGUGGCUCAACCUCCAUAAGGACAUAUUUGGUCGCCACAAGCAUAUUAAUUAUCUGAUAGACAAGGGAAUGCAAAGAGAACUCAAUGCAGAGAAGAUGUCAUGCAAAAAGGACCAUUGUGCUUAGCUGAUUGGGAUAGUGCUUUACGUUAA